GGGUGGCAUGUGUUCCUCACCCCCGCGCAACUCAGAGAGAUCGCUCACUCAUCACAGGACAGGACCAAGAUGCAGGGCACGCUCAGCCUUCUCCUCGCGCUGCCCCUCGUGACGGGGUUGGUGCUGCCUCGAGAGCCUGCCGAUGAGGUUCAAGAAAACUUCGACCAGGACCGGUUCAUGGGUAAGUGGUACAGCCUCGGACUGGCCUCCACCUGCCCCUGGCUGACUGCCCGCAAGAGCAAGAUGUCCAUGAGCACCCUGGUCCUGAAACCGUCCAACGAGAGAGGCCAGGUUGACGCAACCGUCACCUUCACUGCGAACGGCCAGUGCAUGGAGAAGACUGCGGUGUACAGAGAGACCGAGACCCCGGGACACAUGAAGUAUCAUGUCAGCCGGUGGAAUGCGGAUGUCGAUGUCUAUGUCGUUCGCACAAACUACGAUGAAUACGCCAUGGUACUGAUGCUGAAACAAAAGGAAGGCAAAGUCACCAAGUCCGCCAAACUGUACGGCCGUACCCAGGAACUGCGCCCCAGCCUGCUGGCCGAGUUCAAACAGUUCGCUCUGGAGCAGGGGUUUGGAGAGGACACCUUCCAAAUUCUACCAAAGACAGAGGAGUGCCAGCCCAGCGAGAUCAGAGAAGAGCCUGUGCUGCUGAAAGUCCGCAGGGAUGUCGGUCAAGCCCAGCCUCCCGAGGGAUCAGGCGAUGACAGCCCAUUUUUCCGCAAUGAAGACUCCUGUAAGCUGCCCCAGGACCAGGGACCCUGCUUCGGGUAUGAGACACGGUUCUUCUACAAUGCCACCCUCAUGACCUGCCAGGAGUUCUCCUACGGGGGUUGCCUUGGCAACGAGAACAACUUUGUGACAGAGAAGGAGUGUCUGCAGAGCUGCAGGACCGAGGCUGUCUGCCGGUUGCCCAUACAGAGUGGCUCCUGCACCACAUCCACUGAGCUCUGGGCUUUCGACUCCACCAGCGGGAAGUGCGUCCCUUUCAAAUACAGCAGUUGCCAGGGCAACGGCAACAGGUUCUACACCCAGAAGGAGUGUGAGGAGUACUGCGGGACCCUGAGGGAUGGUGAGGAGGAGUUCCUGGGUCUGCUGAAAAAGAACUGAAGAAAGCGGAUGCUGAUCCUUGUAGGGCUGAAGAAAGUGGAUCCAGAAUUCAUCCAGCUUUCAAUGGAUUGUCAGCCUGUAAUACUGUCUAUGAUUCAGUCUGAUUAAAAACGAUAUACAUAUAUAUAACCAGACGAUGAAAA